UCGCGCUAGUUUAAAACGCUUUUUACGCUACUAGCGACUAAGACCGUUUGUUUCACGUCGUGACUGUUGUAGAUAAAUGUGACCGCUUUUCCAAAUUUCAAUGUUUCGAUACUUAGCUAUUAAUUUAAAUCAAAAUGAUAAUCACUUAAAUGUUCUAUUGUCGGUUGUGCUCGUGUUUGUCGGUUUGUAGUUCUGGUCGUUUUGAAUGUAUUGGCAAAUAAGUGUAAUAUGUGAGCUGAUCCGCCAAAGAUUCUUGUAGCUGGGAAUGAUGAUUCGUCUUGGGCAGUCACUGUUGCUUUUUGGAUUUCUAACAGUGGCUCCAAGUUAUACUAUUCAAGAAGAAGACAUUCCUCAUAAUGAAGUGAAAAAUUGGGCAUUAAAAUUUGGCGUGAAUUUAUGGGCAUUUGGGCACCAUAUUACAAAUAUGGGCGAAAUGCAAAAGAGAUAUAAAAGCACUGAAGUAACGGUCAGAAAAAAAGAUGGCGUUUUGCUUACCAGAGAUAUAGCAGCAGAAAUAAAGAAUUUGAUGGAUAUGAAGCGUAAUUCAAUAAUGAGAAUAAUGGAUUCAGCGGAGCAAGCAGCGCUAUCGCAACUUUCUGAAGAUAAAAAAAAGAUCCGAGUCGGAAAAUGUCAACAGCUGAGAGAAAUCGGUAUACGAGAAGAGCCGACCGAUGAGUGCGAGAUGGCUUUUCAAAAAAACCGACAUUUUGAAAAUUAUCACGUGAAUACAACUUUUAGUUGUCUUUUAUUUCCAUCCGCAGUUUCCCCCGAAGACUCAACCGUGCAAAAUGAUAUCAAAUGGAUGCAAGAUUUAGAUACUAUUUUCAAAAGUAAUUACGAAAUUGACCCAUUCUUGGCAUGGCAAUAUUUUGGAACACCGAGAGGAGCGUUAUUACGACAUCCCGCUGUAAAAUGGUCAUCCGAUGGCAUACCAUUACCAAAUAUUGACGAAUAUCGCCUCUCUUUAUGGUUCGUGGAAGCCAUGACGAGUUCAAAAGAUAUUGUGAUAUUACUAGACACAUCGACGUCGCUUUCAGAGUCACAUAGACAUUUAGCGAGGGUCACAGCUAAAACCAUUUUGGAUACUUUGGGUGAUAAUGAUUUUGUAAAUAUAUUUUCCUUGGAUAGUACCGAACAAGCAAUCGUGCCCUGCUUCAGAGAUUUAUUAGUUCAGGGAACUGAAAAAAAUAAACGUAAACUGAUAGAAGCCAUUAAAACCGUCAAGUCAGCUAAUGAUGCUAAUAUCACGGGAGCGUUUUCGGCUGCUUUUGAAAUUUUACACAGGUAUAAUAGAACUGGAAAAGGCAGUCAAUGCAAUCAGGCAAUAAUGCUCGUAACGAACCAAGUGCCCUCCGAUUACAACGAAAUUUUCAAAGAAUAUAAUUGGCCUCAUAAGCCAGUACGAGUGUUUACCUAUCUAAUAGGUAAUGGCAAAUCGAAAGAAGAUGAUAUGAAAACGAUAGCCUGUAAUAAUAAAGGAUAUUACGAACAUAUUAAAGCGGUAGAUGAAGUUCGCGAAAAAGUUUUAAAUUAUGUUUUAGUCAUGGCUCGACCUUUGGUAAUGUACGAAAAUGAUCAUCCAGUCCAUUGGACUUCAGUGUAUCCGAGCAGUAGAAAUUAUUAUCUGAGCGAUUCAAAUGAAAGACCUUUAGUUGUCACGGUUUCCGCAGCCGCAUUUGAUAGAAGAAAUCAUGCUGAACGAACUGCUAAUGUUCUUGGCGUUGCUGCCGCUGAUAUUCCUGUUCAAGAGAUCAAAAAACUAGUUCCACCAAAUAAGCUCGGAGUGAAUGGUUAUUCUUAUCUUAUCAACAACAAUGGCCAUGUAAUCUACCAUCCAGAAUUUCAAUCACUGCCUUAUAAAAAUGAUUACUCUGUCACACUGAGACAAGAUUAUGUUGAUGUUGAUCUGAGUGACGUAGAGUUCCUGGAUACCAGUUCUGAUACAGACAAUAAUACAUUGCUCCUCGAACUGAGACGAGAUAUGAUUGAUCAGAAAGAAGGAGAACUCGAUAUCCGAUUAAAACUACAUUUCGAUUCAGUGAAACGCAUAACUUUCCGAUCGUAUAAAUAUUUUUUUCAUCCAAUAUACGAUACUCCCUUUUCUCUCGGUAUAGCUUUACCGAAUGAUUACGGCAUGUAUGAAAUACUUGCUGAAGAAGAAGUUAAAAGAAGUCCUGUCAAUGUGACGGAUUUCUUUCAAGGGAGUAAUUGGAAAGUUCACCCUGAUUGGGUGUAUUGCGAGUAUCACUAUCCGGCUUAUCGAGAUUUUUAUUCUCCCGAGGAGCAAGUGUUGCAUUUCCUGAAACGGGCUACACAGCCUGGCUGGAAAUGGAUGUCAAUGCGACCAAGACCUUUGGAUCAAAAUUUAUACCUAGGGGAAGAUUUGCCAACGAGAAAUUCAGAUUCUUAUUUUUGUGACAAAAAUUUACUCCAAUCGUUAAUUUUUGAUGCAAAACUGACGCAAGAAUUUGAAAAGAAUAUUAUAUCAAUUGAAACCAGCAAGCAGCAGCAAAAACACCCGUUAGCUUUUCUAAUGGUUAUGCUUCGAAGCCAAGGAUACGAACAGUUUGGCGAAACUAUGAUUUUUAUAGCUACGAGGAGUGGUUUAAUGAGAUGGCAUGAUUUUGUGCCAGCUGCGGAACAAAGCAAACCGCAUUUUAGUCAAAUGAAUCGUCGGUCUAUUGAUGAAGUAUGGUAUAAACGUGCAGUCGAUCACUAUGAAAUCGAACAAGAUAGUUUUGUUUAUUCGAUACCCUUCAAUGCUGGUGGCGGUAAUGCUAACCCACAAAUCAUUGCAACCCAUGCCAUAUUCAUUGAAAGCCAAGGAUAUAAAGCUCCUGUAGCUGUAGUUGGUAUACAAUUCCAAUAUAGAACUUUAGCAGCGCAUUUUUUGAAUAUUACAUCGACGUGCACUGGAGCGCCUGAUUGUCGUAAAAAAUGCUCAUCUGAAGAUUUAGAUUGUUACAUAUUGGACGAUAAUGGCUUCAUCAUCAUAUCGGAAAGGCCAGAACAUGCUGGGCAAUUUUUCGGUGAAACUGAUGGCACAAUAAUGGAUAGCUUAGUUCAAGAUGGAAUUUACAAAAAAGUAUUCGUUUACGAUCAUCAAGCUACCUGUGAAGAUAACCAAUCACCGAUUCUUGAUUCAGCAUCUUCCAUUUUCCCUUUCAAAUCCAUUCUGUCAUUAAUGAAUUGGUUUAUAAUGCAAUUAUUCUGGUUCAUUUCCAAACUCAGUCCUUACCAUCUUCUGUUCCCUGAAGUUAUUUACAGCGAGCAAUUGGAAGACGAAAAUCCAAGUUAUUCAGAUGACGAUUAUGGCGCCAAGGAAGAAGAUACGAUAAAUUUUGUUGACCCCAAUAACGUAGAUUUUUCCAGGGAAGAAUUAGAGAAAGACAAUAAUGCUCCAUUUUUCGAAGACACGACCACAACAACCACAACUACUACCAGUGCACCUGAAAAUGAGAUUCCAACUCCUCCUCCUUUAUAUGUCCCAAGUCCUCAUAAAAUAAGAAGACAACAGAAUAAUUUCAAUUCCAAAGUGAAGCGAUGUACUAAAAAAGUACCUUUAUAUAUUUUACAACCGGCUCGUUUAAAUAACAGCGGCCUAUCAAAUCCUUUGAAAGGAAAACUUACAAACUGCCACGCCACAGGGUGUGAAAGACCAUUCAGCGUGCAAAAAAUACCACACAGUAAUUUAAUGUUAUUAGUAGUUGAUACUUUGUGUCCUUGUGGGAGCAAGCAACUCAGCAUAACCCCUCAAGAAGUUCUGAAUGAAAGAGAAUGUGAUUUUAAGUACGAUAAUCUUUAUCGUCGAAGACUUUCCAAAUGUAUCAAUUAUCAUCCAGAAGAAACCGAAAUCCAGCAAUGCGGAAAAGCCUAUCGAAUCAUUUUAUCAUCGUACAUUCUAUUUCUUCCAUUUACAGUAUUUUUCUUUAAUGUGUAAAAGAAGUCGUUCAAACUUUCAAAUUAUUCUUAUUUAGAAAUUUUUCUUCUAGCGUAAUCAUUAUUUAAUUUAUAUACGGUAUUUUUUUUUUCAAUGUUAACGUUACGCCUGGAAUAAUGGCCAAAGUAGUUAUUUAAUACCAUAUUAGAAAAUUAUUUGUUUGACCGAGGUACUUAACUUAUAUUUUAUUUAUUUUCCUAUUAAAAGUAGACAGAAUAUAAUGCAUCAUUACGUGAAAUGGUUUUCAACAAUUUUAUAAAAAUAUUUUUUAUAUUUUUGUAACCCCUCAAAUUGGUGGGUACGCUUUGAAAAAAAAAAGGUUCGUAUUUUAUUGUUAUUUUUUUCUUUUUUCCAUACGAUACGAAAAACAUGUACCUACCUAUAUUGUAAUUGUGUAAGUCGUCAAGUGUUUUUAUUUUUUAUUGUUAAAAUGUUUCUUACAUCUUUUUUACGCAGUUUUUAUUUCGCUUAUGUUAAUGUCUAAAAUAUCUUAAUUUUGAUUCAUUGUGAUAUCUUCUGAAUUUCUAUUAGAAAUUUAGAGAUUGUGUAAGACAUCUUUUUCUUUUUUUCUUUUUUUUUUUUUCAAAAUAUUUGAAUCGGUCAAAUUAUACCUACCGAUAUCAAAAUUUAUAUCAUUUAUUUUUUUUCUACCGUAACGAGUACAAUAACUAUAUUUAUUACAUUAUGCUGUAAAAAAAUCAAUCUCUCAUCGUUUACUAAGUAUUUUAAACUAUCACAGUUCUUCCUUUAUGUUAGAAUUUUUUGAAAAAAAAAAAACUGACAAUAUCAAAAUUUACCUAGUUUUAAAGAAAAAACAAAAAAUGAAUAAAAUACCAAGUAAGACUGAUAUCAAAUCUAAAAAUACCUAAAUCUAAUUUCAAAAUUACAAAUACUUACCUAUACUUUUCAAGUUUAAAUUCACUUUUUAAAAAUGCACAAUCUUAUUGUUAUUCGAAUGGAAAAUUAAUUAUCGUUGUUACGUAAUUUGUAUAGAAAUUUUGUUGUUGUUGUAUGAUUAUUUGAUAAAACAAUUCUUGUUUUACAGCAAGUCCAAUAAAUCACAAUCAGUGUUUUCAAUUUCCUGCAGGAUGAAAGAUAGCGAAAUGGUGAGUGGUUUUGGGUUUUUGGACAAUUUAAAACUUUGACUUUACACAAUAUGCCCCCAAAAGUCGUUAAAUAUUGUUGUCUUAAAAAAAGUUUUAAAAAAAAACAUCUGAGCAAAAAAGGGUAUUUAUCAUUAAUUUUUCAUGUAAUUAAUUGAAAAUUUGGCAGCGAGCUUCUGAAACCAGUUUCAAAAAUAUAAUGAAAACAUCAGUACCCGAGGUCUUCCAAUUUCUUAAGAAAAAAUGUACCUACCUACUUCGUCAUUUGUAGUAGCUAAAUGGGUUUAAUAAUAAUUUUGCUUAUUUCUUCCUCUUCAUGUUGGAAAUUUUUAUUCAAAACCAAUUGAACAAUUUCGUUAUCUGUCACCUGCUGAAAAAUAAGAGGCACGAUUUGAGGUUUAUCAAACAAACUGUACCUAUUUAAAAUUCAUUUUUAAUUAUUUUAGAUGAAUCGUUUCAUUUACUUAACCAUUUAUAUUCAUUCUUGUAUAAUCUCUCCAAUGACAAGGAAUUAAGAAUUUUCAUUAUUCAUCAUCUUCAUUCUUUGCCCUGGAAAUUUUCGUUUUAUUCGGAUUUUGCGAAUAAAAUUUCACAGUAGUACCAAUAAUUUAUUGGUAAUGUUAUUGGAAAAAAAUUCUCAAAAAAUGUCACGAAAUUACUUUCUUUUUUGUGAAACGAAAAUUAUUAAAAUUCGUCGUAGUUCGUAUCAUUAUUACUUUUUUUUUUUUUUUGUAAAAGGAUGUACCUACUUCCUACUACCUACCUACCUGAUGUAACUUCUCUAUAAUGUACCGGUACUUAUAUUUAGGUUUCAAGAGGUUUUUAAUAUUUUUUAUAUUUUUAUCAUUUAGCUUAUUAUCUUAAUACAAAACAUUUCCUUUUUCAAGUCUUCCAGUUUAUUGUUGUAAGAAAAUUUGUUAAUGUUUUUAUCUUUUUUUUUUUUUUGUUCAUUUACGGAUAAGUGCAUUUGUACGUUAAGCGCACAAUUUUUUAUACCUACAUGAUUUAAAAGAAACAUGCCAUUGUAGUGGUUUAUUGUAUGACGCUUGUAGCUAUGCAAUAAUAAUAAUAAUAAUAAUUUAAAAUUGUAAGAGCCAAUAUGAUAAGGUUUUAUUUUCAGUGGUAUGAAAAUUUAUAUUGUUCGAAAAGUCUAAACAUGGUACACACUACACAGACGUGAAUACAAAGUGUGAUAUGACCCUUCCCUUGCGCAAUAGCAAAAAAUUAAGAGAAUCGAUGAACAACCUAGAAACAUUUUUUUGAAUCUGAUCCGAUUUUCGGACAUUUCCCGGCUUCAAUUUAAUCUGACCAAAUCAAAGUUUCGAUUGAAUUAUUAGAUACUAUCUAUGGUCAGACCUAAUCAAAGAGAAAAUCUGGUCACACCUUCCACCUGAACAAACAUUUUUUAUUUUGGAUUUUGUCAAAUUUGUUUUAUGAGUAUCUAUUCGUCAUAAUUAGGUAGCAAUUACUUAUUUUCUAAAUGGAAAUUUUCAAUUUCAAAAUAAGGACACAUUCCAUACAUCUUUCCUUCCAAAAAAAUUGCUCCAUGGAUUCGCGUCUGAGGCCUGUGACAUGUCAUAUUUCAAACUUCUUACUUUUUUUUUCGAUCUUAUAAUUUCUGUGUAAUUAAUAAACGAGUUGAAAACUCGUUUUUAAAAUGGCGAGUAUCGUUUUCUGUUUUUCUAGAUAAUUAGCAUAACUUAGUAGAUUUAUACGUAUUAUUGACGCUUUUUUUCUUUUCAAUAUCAAAAACAAAAUGUUAUCAUUAUCACAUAUCAAACUCAUUCGCUAUACGUAUCAUUCAAAACAUAUAUUUUUUUGAUUUUGUCAUAUCAAAAAGUUGAAAUUAUUGAUAUCAAAUUUGAAAAAUUGCAAUGUUUAUUUAUUUCAUUACAAUUUGAAUCGUUAUACGUAUUAUUCGAAAUUUGUAUUCAAAAAAUUACAAAAAUGAGCGUUAAAAUAAUAAUAUAAAUUCUCUCUUUUU